AUUGUCUCUAACUCACUUGCUGUCAACAAUACAACGCUGUAUGGUUGCACCGCUUUACCCACCGUCUGACAGCUGUCAAAAAAGUUCUUUUCCGGUUUAAUUCACUAAGAAGAAGAAAUUAAACACAAACCAUGGGUCGUUACUCUAGGGAACCAGAGACAGCCGCCAAGGCUUGCAAAGCCCGUGGACCAAAUCUACGUGUGCAUUUCAAGAACACCCAUGAAACCGCCCAGGCCAUCAAACGUAUGCCCUUGCGUCGUGCCCAACGUUUCUUGAAGGCUGUCAUUGACAAGAAGGAAUGCGUUCCCUUCCGUCGUUUCAACGGUGGUGUCGGCCGUUGCGCCCAAGCCAAACAGUGGAAGACCACCCAAGGUCGCUGGCCCAAGAAAUCCGCUGAAUUCCUCUUGCAAUUGCUCCGCAAUGCCGAAGCCAAUGCCGACUACAAAGGUCUCGAUGUCGAUCGUUUGGUCGUCGAUCACAUCCAAGUGAACCGUGCCCAAUGCUUGCGUCGUCGUACCUACCGUGCUCACGGUCGCAUCAACCCCUACAUGUCCUCACCCUGUCACGUUGAGGUCAUCCUCACCGAAAAGGAGGAAGUUGUUGCCAAGGCCACCGAUGAUGAGCCCGCCAAGAAGAAGUUGUCCAAGAAGAAGAUGCAAAGACAAAAGGAGAAAAUGAUGCGCUCUGAAUAGAUGUCGUAGUUGCAUUCUUUUUUUAAAUUUGUGUAUAAUUUUUUUUAAAACUAGACCUAUGUUGUGGUAAUUGGCUAAUUUGUAUAGUCAACUGCAAAGAAGAAGAAAAAAAAAACAGACUAAAUAAAAUGUUCAAAUAAAAAAGAUCCAAUUUUGAACGGUGUUUUUUAAGAAAAAAAAAAGAAAA